CGCCCGGCCCCGCCGGCCCCGCCGCACUCGGGCGGAGCGUGCCGGAGCCCGCGGCGCCGCCGCAGCCGGGCCGGGCCGCUCAGCGCUGCCGGGGCCAGCGGGACCGGCCGCAGCUGCCGCCGGCAUGACCCUCAAGUCGGGGCGCAGCUCCGGCGGCGGCAGCAUGAGGACGGCGCUCUCCGACCUCUACCUGGAGCACCUCCUGCAGAACCGGCCCAAGCCCGAGGCCAUGACUCAGUCCCCAAACGCCAUGACUGAGGACAUUUAUACCAACGGCUCAGCGCCCCUGGGCAGCCCCUCGCACAGCAGCGGCCGCGAGGUGCGCAAGAUCCGCCUUGUCCAGUUCGAGAAGGUCACCGAGGAGCCCAUGGGGAUCACGCUGAAGCAAAAUGACAAGCAGAGCUGCAUGGUGGCCAGGAUCUUCCAUGGGGGCAUGAUUCACAGACAAGGCUCCCUUCACGUGGGUGAUGAGAUCAUAGAAAUCAAUGGGCAGAGUGCGAGCAACCACUCAGUUGACCAGCUGCAGAAGAUGCUGAAAGAAACCAAGGGGAUGGUCUCAUUAAAAGUCAUUCCCAACCAGCAAAGCCGCCUCCCUGCUCUCCAGAUGUUCAUGAGGGCACAGUUUGACUACGACCCCAAGAAAGACAACCUGAUCCCCUGCAAGGAAGCAGGACUGAAGUUUCAGAUUGGUGAUGUGAUUCAGAUCAUAAACAAGGACGACAGCAACUGGUGGCAGGGCCGGGUGGAGGGCUCCUGCACUGAGUCAGCAGGACUCAUCCCUUCUCCAGAGCUGCAGGAGUGGCGUGUGGCAAGCGUCACCCAGCCCAGCCAGAGUGAAUCCCCGAGCUGCAGCCCCUUCGGGAAGAAGAAGAAGUGCAAAGAUAAAUACCUGGCCAAGCACAGCUCAAUUUUUGACCAGCUGGAUGUCGUUUCCUAUGAGGAGGUGGUGAGGCUGCCUGCCUUCAAGAGGAAGACUCUGGUGCUUAUUGGGGCCAGUGGUGUGGGCCGCAGCCACAUCAAGAAUGCUCUGCUCAGCAACAACCCAGAGAAGUUCAUGUACCCACCCCCAUACACCACACGACCCCAGAAGAAGAAUGAGGUGGAUGGGAAGGACUAUUACUUUGUCUCCACCGAGGAGAUGACCCGGGACAUCUCAGCCAAUGAGUUCUUGGAGUUCGGAAGCUACCAGGGAAACAUGUUUGGCACCAAGUUUGAAACAGUGCACAAGAUCCACCAGCAGGACAAAGUCGCUAUUUUGGACAUCGAACCCCAGACCCUCAAGAUCGUCCGCACGGCCGAGCUCUCUCCGUUCAUAGUGUUCAUUGCCCCGACAGACAAGGCAGAGGAGUCAGAGGCUCUGCAGCAGCUCCGCAAGGACUCGGAGAGCAUCCGGAGCCGCUACGCACACUACUUUGACCUGUCCCUGGUCAACAACGGCGUGGAGGAGAGCCUGCAGCUGCUGCAGGAAGCCUUUGAGCAGGCCUGCAGCUCUCCACAGUGGGUGCCUGUCUCCUGGGUCUACUGAGAGGGCACCUGUGCCCAGCUGCUUCCCAUCAACCAUCCUGCAGCCACUGGGAAACACCUCCUGACGUCCCUGCCCCACAGCCCAGCACAGCUCCCCUCCUGCUGCUCACGGACGGUCUCGGUUCACACACUCACAGGGUGCCCACAGCUCCUCUCCUGAGGGACAAACACAGGACACAGCUGCCUGGGGAUGAGCCAGCUCCUGUGGCACUGCAGGGCAGGGCAGGGGCUACAGCAGAGCCCAGGUUAGCUCAGAGCACAGCGCCCUGCCCUCCCCGGGCAAGGGGAAGCACAGUCCUGCUGUAGCACCCAGCUGAUCUUCCCUGCAGCAGUCCCAAGGGAAGUGGCAGAACGGGGGCUUUUCCAGGCAGAUGGCUCCUGGCCUGGCAGGAAUGCACACAACUCAAAUCCCUUCCUGGAGUCCAUGAGGCUUCAAGGAAGCCCAGGUCUUAGGAGGCUUCUCCCAGAGCACACCAGAGCUCCUCCAUCCAAGGGUUUCCUCACAAAUGGGGAAGAUGAUGAAUGUGGCAUGGAGCACCCCCAGGCAGGCCUCACCCCAUGUUCCCAGGUUGGAGUUUUCUCAUUGACCUUGUGCAGCCAUAGGUGUAAAAACUCACUGUAUUGGCAUUCUCACCAUGCAGCUUGGAUUGUUACUGCCUGGCCAGAGAAACUGGGCAGCAGCUGAGCCAGUCCCACAGACCAAACUCCAGAGGGACUCUUCAAUGGGUAAAUUACAUCCAGCCACAACUGUCUGUUGCAUGCAGUAGAAAAGUGUCUACAAAGAUCAUCCAGGCAUGUUUUCUAGUCUAGGGUGUCUCUCACACUGUAUGCAAACAUGAAAGCCAUGCUCACCCCAGGAUUUGUACUGACUCACAAGCCCCACACCGUGUCUGGGAAGUAUCACCACAUCCACCAUGUAGGUGAGAAAUCUUGUGUGUCCAUUCAGCUAAGGGGGCAAGGAGAAUGUGGUUUACCAGUCUUGUGCAAUUUUUUUUUUUUUUUAAGGAUGCCAAAAAUAAAAAUCUAUGUGCAAUAGGGACCUUUGUUCUGAUCUACUGCAGGGAAACAAUGAGCAGCAAUAAAUGUGUGCUGAAACAUU